AUGGAGAACUGGUCAAGGGGAUUCCGCUAUCAGGGUGGUGGCGAUUCUUUUUUCCUGGAGGACAAGAACGCCCACGUCGAGCUCGACACACGAACUGUCCCUCUUGCCGUCGCUGCGAUUUCCCUUGGUUGUCUGGUUCUUCAGCUCGCCUUCCACGUUGUCCAUUCACAGCUACAAAAGAGGCCUGGCGACGUUCAUGACACGACCUCUGAUGGUACUCUCUUCCAAAAGAUCAACCAUCACGUUCAGUUCUAUGGAGGGUACACAAUCUACGCGUUUAUGUUAGCUCGCCUAGUUGGCGUUGUCACCCUACUCUACUUGUCCAGCAUCAGCGUCCGGCAGUGCAACUUCAACACAGAACGGCAGUCGUGCCCUGAGUAUUUCCUCAGCUCGACAUACGUUCACGCGCUUUUCUUUACCCUCAUCUCAUUGACCUCAAAAACCUGGUCCCUUUCAGCCGUCGGAUACGCCUCCACCACUCUUCUUGCCACGUUCGGUGCUUACGCCUACCGAGACUUAUGGCCCCUUAUGACGUACUCCCAAAAACCCGCCGAUAUUGAUGAGGGUCGUCUUCUAUGGGUCAAGAUAAUGGUUCUGGGAGUGACGGCAAUCCUUAUUCCCUUGUUCAUCCCGCGGCGUUACGUGCCCGUAGAUCCCAAGAAUCCGAUGCCCAUUCCCAACCCCGAGCAAACGGCAUCGUGGGUCUCAAGGCUAACCUUCACGUUCAUGGAUCCUCUUGUAUUUCUAGGUUCGAGGGUGGCGCACAUCCAGCAUAGCCAACUGCCGCCCCUCUGCGACGAAGAUUGGGCUCAUGUUCAGACCACGAGGGCAUUUCCUCACGUAGAUACAUUUUACGGGGCGAAGAGAAGACAUCUGUUCUAUGGCCUUAUGUGGCAUCUUCGAAAGGAAUACGUCCUCAUGGCCAUUAGCAUCAUCUUGACGUCCUUCAUGAGCUUCGUCGCCCCUAUCGGGAUCAAGCAGGUUCUCAGCUAUCUCGAAACGAGAGACGUUUCCUCGACGCCACCAUCAGAUAUACGCCCUAGCUUCUGGAUAGGGUGGCUUCUCUUCGGGCCCAUUCUUGAAUCCCUCACUGUCCACCAGUAUCUUUUCUUUGCGACCGUCGUACGCGUACGCCUGGAAGUAGUUAUCACCCAGUUGGUUUUUGAACAUGCGCUCAGGAUCAGAUUGAAGGCGGAGGCAGCAGGUGAUGGCAGCAGCAAGCGUGGCAGUAAGGCAAGCUUGAAGGCUCCUUCAAUUACUGAAGGCGCUAGCGACUCUCCGGAGACCGGUUCCAUCGAAGGAGAUCGUCGUAAAGGCGAUGUAGAAAGAGACGAGAACGAGACUGCCUCAACAACUGUUGUGUCGACUGAUAUUUCUCCAUCACUCUCAGCCUCGGACUCGACGAUCCAGGAGACGGAGAGCGUGUCGUCAACUAUCAAGGGCAAGGCUAAGGCACAAGGCCAACAGCCUGUGGACAGCAAACCCAAGGCUAAGACAGAACGUGAGGACGAGGUCCCGAAGAAACACGCAGGCGACACGGAGAACCUCCUGGGGAAGAUUAACAACUUCAUCACUACGGAUUUACUAAAUAUUCUGGAGGCCAGUGAUUAUCUGAACUUUGUUCUCCACGUACCCAUGCAGAUUAUCCUUUGUACGAUUUUCCUCUACCAAAUUUUAGGCUGGAGCUCAAUCGUCGGCCUCGUUGGAACUGUGGCCCUCAGUCCUCUGGCUGGUCUCUUGGGGAAGAAGGUUCAAGACGUACAGGUUGUCAGGAUGAAGAUGACCGAUGCCCGUGUCCAGUCCAUUACAGAGGCUGUUGGUGUCCUCCGUAUGAUCAAGUUAUUUGGCUGGGAAGGCGAGAUGACGGCCCGGCUUCAGCAGAAGAGAGAGGAAGAGCUGAAGUGGAUAUGGAAGUCUAAGAUGUUGAAAUUAAUCAGUAUGCUUAUUAGUAUGUUCAUACCGACUCUGACGAUGUUGGCAACCUACAUCACGUACACAGUAUUCAUGAAAGAGGAAUUGAACGCUUCCAAGAUUUUCUCAAGUAUGGCCGUUUUCUCUAUCUUGCGCGAGCAGUUGCACAGGAUCGCAUGGCAGACAAUGAUGAUGAUCGAAGGCAAGGUCUCUCUCGACCGUGUCAACAAGUUCUUGCAAACUGCAGAAUUGCUGGACGCAUUUACUGGCCCCCAACCUCCUGUCGAACCAUUGGGUCUUCUGGAACCGACUGCGGACGCCGUUCCAACUUCGGGUGUCAACGAAGAGGAUAGCCAGAUCGGGUUUAGGAAUGCCACCUUUGCAUGGUCGGCAGAGGACAACGACGGAGCACUGACGCCUUCUAGCAGGGUGUAUAGGCUCAAUGUCGACGGAGAGCUGUUCUUCAAGCGAAAUUGCAUCAACUUAAUCAUCGGGCCAACUGGUUCCGGCAAAACUUCAAUGUUAAUGGCUCUCCUCGGGGAGAUGCAUUUCAUCCCUUCGAACCCUAACUCAUGCUUUAAUCUACCACGCGGAGAGGGCGUUGCGUACGCCGCUCAGGAAUCUUGGGUGCAAAACGCAACAAUACGCGAGAAUAUUAUCUUUGGAUCGCCCUAUGAUGAGGAGCGGUACAAGAAAGUCAUCAGCCAAUGUGCUCUGGAGAGAGAUUUGGAGCUGUUUGAAGCAGGAGACGCGACAGAGGUAGGCGAGAAAGGCCUGACGUUAAGUGGUGGCCAAAAGGCUCGUGUCACACUCGCAAGAGCUAUCUAUUCUCCUGCUAAGAUCAUACUCCUUGAUGAUGUUUUGGCUGCUCUUGACGUCCAUACCUCAGCUUGGAUUGUUACCGAAUGUUUCAAAGGGGAUCUCGUUAAAGAUAGAACUAUGCUCCUGGUUACCCACAAUGUCGCUCUUGCUGGUCCUGUGGCAGAUUUCGUUGUUUCAAUCGGAGUCGACGGAAAUGUGCGAACUCAAGGAAAUGAGGUCGCCCUCGCUCUGGCAAAUGACCCAAAGCUCGCCUCGGAGGUGGCGGACAACGAAGCGACAGACGUAGCUGCAGCGAAGGAAAAUGAGACCAUCGACAAGCCGAAGGACGUUGUAUCAGGUGUUGGUAAACUGGUCAUGGCGGAGGAGGUCGUCGUCGGCCACGUAAGCUGGAGGACAAUGGGCCUCCUUCUUGACGGUCUGAGUGAAGGACAUCUCGUAACAUUCGCUUUCAUUUUCGCGACGACAUUGUGGACAUCCCAAAUCAUUUACACGGCCCAGACUUGGUUCUUGGGUAUGUGGGGUGCACAGUAUGAGAAACACGCGGCAUCCGAAGUGAAUUUGGCAUACUAUAUCGGAAUUUUCACCGUUAUUAUCGUCGUACACGAAAUCGUCUUCGGUGCGGUUAACUUGUGGUACGCUUAUCGUUCCGUCGGUGCUUCAAGGAGGAUACAUGCGAAACUCAUCGAUUCAGUUUUCGGGAGCACACUCCGGUGGCUUGACGAGACUCCUACUGCCCGCAUUAUUGUCCGCUGUACCCAAGAUAUCCGUACCAUUGACGGCCCUAUUCCACAGUCACUGAUGUGGGUCGUCGAUCAGAUUCUGGGAGUCUUGACGAAACUUGGCGUCAUCGUUUUGUUUACGCCUAUCUUCCUGUUCCCGGGCGUAUUCAUCGCAUUGGCUGGCUUGUAUCUAGGCAACCUCUACUUGAAGGCACAGCUCUCUGUCAAGAGGGAAAUGAGUAAUGCCCGCUCUCCGUUACUGGCCCACUUCAGUGCCGCAAUCCAUGGGUUAGUUUCCAUUCGGGCGUAUGGCGCACAGAAGACAUUCAAGGUCGAAUCGCUUAAACGGAUCGACCACUAUGCACGUACAGCAAGAACUUCUUGGAACAUCAAUCGAUGGAUCGGCUUCCGGAUUGACCUCCUCGGGGCCUUAUUCACGUCCGCUCUCGCCACCUAUCUGGUAUACUUCCAGAGGGUCAGUGCUUCGAAUACUGGCUUUUCUCUCAACAUGGCUGUCACUUUCACCAUGUACAUCUUCUGGCUCAUCAGAGUCUACAACGACCUCGAGGUCGAUUCAAACAGUCUCGAACGUGUCCAAGGUUACAUCGACAUCGAGCACGAGCCGAAGCCUGUUGAGUCUGGACGACCACCCGCAGCAUGGCCGACAAGUGGAGACCUGCAGGUCGAAAAGUUAUCGGCUCGUUAUUCCCAGUCUGGUCCCAAGGUUUUGCAUGAUGUCUCUUUCCACAUCAAGUCUGGCGAGCGUGUCGGCAUCGUCGGACGAACCGGAAGUGGCAAGAGCUCUUUGACACUUGCUCUUCUGCGUUGCAUCCUCACGGAGGGCACCGUGUACUAUGGCGGCCUGCCCACAAAAGACAUGAACCUCGAUGCCCUGCGGUCGAACAUCACGAUCAUACCUCAAACGCCCGAGCUCUUGAGCGGGACCCUUCGACAAAAUCUGGAUCCAUUUGAGCAACACGACGAUGCCAUCUUGAACGAUGCUCUUGGCUCAGCUGGUCUUUUCUCGCUUCAAGACGAGGCAGGAGAGGCGCGGAUCACUCUGGAUACAAAGAUCGCAGGUGGAGGCGGUAAUCUCUCCGUCGGUCAGAGACAAAUCAUCGCCCUCGCUCGUGCCAUGGUUCGCGGAAGCAAGCUCCUCAUUCUGGACGAGGCCACUUCUGCAAUCGACUACAAAACCGACGCUAUCAUCCAAAGCACUCUUCGCAAGCAACUCAGAAAUGAUGUUACCGUCAUCACAGUCGCCCACCGGCUUCAAACUAUCAUGGACGCGAAUAAAAUUAUGGUCCUCGACAGCGGACGCAUCGUCGAAUUCGACAGCCCGAAAGUUCUCCUCAGAAACGAAAAAGGUUUUUUGAGAGCGCUCGUCGAUGGAAGCGGCGACAAGAGUGCGCUCUAUAAAUUCGCUGGAUUGUGA